AAUCUCCUUUAUGGAAAUGAAGAUCAUUUUGCAUAAAAGGUUGUGGAACAUUAAGGUUCCAUCACAAGCUGAGCACAAAAGUCUGAUGCUGAAUGAAGAGAAGGUGUGAAAUAUAGAUCGCCUGAGUCUUUACAUUUAACCUUUAAAUCUUCAACGUUUGCCGCUACUUGAUUAUGAUGAACAUGUUCAGUCUCUUGUGUCUGAUGGGUUUCCCAUUUGCUCUAUCCAUCCAAAAUUGGCCACAAGUUGUCCCUCAUCUCAUCAAGCAAGCAAUGACAUGGCCAAUGGCACAGAAUUACUGCAGGACAAACCACCUUGAUCUUUAUACAAUUACAGAUCCAAGUGACCAACAAAAGCUAAUUAAUGCAAUGAAUAGGAAAAAUUAUUUACUGCCAGUCUGGACAGGUCUGUACAAUGACCUGGACAGCUGGUAUUGGUCCUAUAAUCAUUUGCCAUUGAAGAAUAUAACUCUAAGGAGCUUUGAACCAGGAUACCCUGAUGAUUAUGGAAUAGAUGUGUGUGGUACAAUAUACCGGCCAGAAACCUGGUGGCCUCUCGACUGCACUUACAGUUUUCCCUUUAUUUGUUAUGAUGCAGGGAACAGUUAUGCCAACAGGUUUGUUUGCUACAUUCUGCCUACCUAUACUUGGGUUCAGGCUCAGACAUAUUGCCGAACCUAUCACACAGAUUUAGCCACCACGACCACCACCGAUGACCUCACCCUUGCGGUAAAAUGCAUAAAACCGACUACCUGGAAUGUUGCUUGGAUUGGUCUAACAAGAGAAACUUGGAAGUGGUCAGAUGGAAAUGUGCCUUCAUACCUCCCAUGGGCAGUUAACCAACCAGAUAAUAAGUAUCCCUUGGCGAAUUGUGGAAUUGCACAAAACGGACUCCUCGCUAAUACUAUAUGUUCAGGCGCACACUAUUUUGUCUGUUCUGCUUAUCUACAUAGGACACAAGUACUGAAACUGCAAGUGAUGUCGGAUGUGAGUGUGCUUGACCCUGCAGUGCAGUCGACUAUUUUAGAUUUGAUCAUCCAGAAACUGCAGGAAAAUGGCAUGUCGGUGAACAUCACAGUAACCUGGAAGGUGCAGCCAGACGGAAGCAUCUUUUACAAGAAGGGAAACGACAACAAAUAAGCUGCAAAUGAUCCUGGUUUAAAGAUUCCAGCUAUGCGUAAUGUGAAUAUAUACCUGUGAUAACGAUUCAUCUAAUUAGAUACAUGAAAAACAAGUAGAAUGACUUUUAAAUGAGGAAAUACAAGCAGAUGACAAUAUAUGUAGUGAGAAUGUAUAAUAUUUUUAUUUGAGUGAUAGAGAAGAAAUAUUUUGUUGGGAGUAGAGGUUAGAGUUAUAUGAUAUUAAUUAUAUUAUUAUAUUAAAGUUAUUGUUAGUCUAUAGACAUUCAGUAGCUGCUAUUUAUUUAUUUAUUUAUUUAUUUAUUUAUUUAUUUAUUUAUUUAUUUAUUCAUUUAUUCAUUUACUUGUUUAAUAUUUAAAAAGAGGAACCAGGUAGUAGCUGUGAUGUUAAUAAUUAUCCAGUCUGUAGUUAUUGCACAUGCUCUUGACUGUUAUGUUCAUUUCCCAUGACAUUAUAUGACAGUAGUGACCUUUACCACUUUACCACAUCCACUAACAUGCUUCAUGAUGCCUCUGCUUAUUACAGCUCAAUUGAUAGUAUCUGUGCCUUUCAUUAACAUCUUACUUAUCAUUUGUUUAUUUAUUGCUGUCUCUACAUUCAUAUUAUUAAAAUAAAUUAAAUAAAAUCAAAAAAAUGUUUAAAAAUGUCUUUCCUGGAAUCAGUAAAGCCUGGAAGCUAAAGGUUCUUUAUUUUUUCUUUUGUCUGUCUAGCUACAUACUUUGUAUCUGUGUUGGUCAUUAGGGAUUAAUAUAGAUGUAACAUUUUAGAUUUUUCAAAAAAUAUGAAGAAACUGCGAUAUCAGGAAUUCUAAUUUCACUUGAUCUCUGAGUCAUAAAAGAAUUUUGUUUUUGUGUAAUCGCAGUUUCUAUUCAGUGCAGCCAGAAAACCUUUUAACCCACAUUAAAAUCUCUUCCACUUCAUUUGCACUGUUUUAAAUAAACAAUUUGGUGGUCAAUACAUUCAAAACAAUAUGUUUAGGGACGUACAGCGGCCAACAACAGCAGCAAGAACAACAACACAACAAAAUCACUUUUUAAAUCAGAUUGUUUGUCAAAAAUGAUUAUUCCCCACAAAAUUAGGUCAAAGGCAGAUAAAGAUCACAUUCAACUUAAGCUUUUUGCUGUGAUUAUUAGAAAUAAAAAAUAGGUAACGUAAA